AUGGCGUCUUCUUCAACUUCAUCCGUUCAAAAGAGCUUUAAAUAUGAUGUGUUUUUGAGUUUUAGAGGUGAAGAUACUCGCAUGGAGACUCGGAUUGACAAUUUUUUAUCAUCUUUAGAAUAUGCUUCUAAUGAUUUUUGCAUGAUCGGCAUCUGGGGGAUGUUGGAUCAGCGGAUAGGAGGUGGUGGGAAGACAACAUUGGCCAGAGCUGUUUUUAAUAAGAUAUCUUUUCAGUUCGAAGGAAAAAGCUUCAUUGAGAAUGUCAGAGAAGUUUCAAAUGAUUCUUUGUCCGAUUUGAAGUUGUUGCAGAAGCGGGUCCUUUCAGAUGUUUUAAAUGAUCAAUACAUUAAAGUAGGCAGUGAAAAUGAGGGGAAAAAUAUGAUGUCAUGGAUGAUGUGUGGUAGAAAGGUUAUUCUUGUUCUAGAUGAUGUGGAUCAUGUAGAUCAGCUUGAGGCGUUAGCCGGUAAACAUAGUUGGUUUAAGCCAGCAAGCAUAAUUAUCAUUACAACAAGAGAACAACAAGUGCUUUUAGCACAUGAAGUAAAGAUUCACAAUCUCAAUCUGUUAUCGGAUAAGGAAGCAAUCUGCCUAUUUGGUAGAUAUGCAUUUGGGAAAGAGAUUCCAAUUCAAGGGUAUGAGGAGCUAUCAGGACAAGUUGUAUGUUAUGCUGCUGGUCUUCCAUUGACAAUCAAAGUUUUGGGUUCAUUUCUCUGUGGUAAAAGUAAGCCUGAAUGGGUAGAUACCCUAGCCAGGCUAAAAACAAUCCCGUUAGAGGAAACUCAGAAGAAGUUGGAAUUAAGCUAUUUCGGUUUGGAUGACGAUCACAAGGAAAUAUUCCUAGAUAUUGCAACCAUAUUAAAAGGUCAGUGGAAAAAUCAGGAAUCCAAGCACUUGAAAGCUGUGGAUUUUAUGCUAGAAUUGGUUUAAGAGUUCUUGAGCAAAAGUCUCUCAUAACUAUUGAUGGUGAGCAUGUGGGCAUGCAUGACCAUUUAUAAGAAAUGGGCAGGAAUAUUGUUCGUCGUUCACACCCCGAUAUGCCUAACAAACAUAGCCGAUUGUGGAAUAGAAAGGAAAUUGAAGAUAUAUUGGCUAAUUACAUGGUAAGGCUCAGAUUUAUUUGUAAGUUGGAGAAACUAACACAUUUUCAUUUGUUACAAACAAGUUUCAUGGUGAUUGCUUUUCUAUUACA